UUCGAUGAUCGCGGCAGUGUGCUGGGUGCCCAAGGGCGUGGCGAAGGCGCUGCCCGACGAGACGCCAAGAUCUCGCGAGGAGCUCGAUGAGGCGCUGCAGCAGGGCCUCGGGGAAGAUCCGGCGGAGCAAAGCGCCGAGAACGAGGAGAGCGAGGACGAGGAUGGAAUGCGUGUCGAGGGAGACGAUAUUUCGACCGCAUUGGCAGCCGCGAGGGCGCUCAAGAGUAGUGGAGCGGCAAGUGCUGUGAGUGACGGCCUUGCGGAGCUUAACAUGGAUGCGUACGAUGACGAAAACGAAGAUAUUCGAGUUUUUGGGAAUGGUGGUGUCAGUGCGGCUUACUAUCAACACGGAGAGAAGGAUCCUUACCUUGUGGACGAUGAUGAUGAAGAUGAGGAGGAGAUAGAGGAUAAAACAAUCAAGCCUACCGAUCUUCUGAUUGUGACUGCCAAAACCGAAGAUGAAGUUGGAAUACUCGAGGUGUACAUCUAUGAGGAAAAUGACGAUAAUAAGUACGUACACCACGAGGUACUUCUUUCGUCUAUACCCUUUUCUCUCGCAUGGCUGGAUUGCAACGUAAACGGCGGCGACAAGGGAAACUUUCUCGCUGUUGGUACUUCAGAGCCAGAAAUUGAGAUAUGGGACCUCGACCUGGCAACUGAAGUUAAGCCAGUGGGUGUACUGAAUCCCGACCCAAGCAAGAAAAAGAAAACAAAGUCCAAGAGGAAACAAAAAACUGCAGUGUUGGGUCUGGCAUGGAACUAUGAGUACAGAAACGUACUGGCAAGCGGAAGCGCUGACAAGGCCGUGAGAGUUUGGGAUGUAGUCGCACAAAAGUGCGAGCACACUCUUAAAUCUCAUACUGCUGAGGUACAAUCUAUUGCAUGGAAUCCAAAGGAACCGACGGCUUUGCUUAGUGGAUCUUAUGACUGCUCGGUGGUUUUGACAGAUAUGAGAACUCCGGCAGAGGCGGAACUUCGGUGGACUGUCUCUGACGAUGUCGAGUGCGUUGCCUGGAAUCCCCACGUUUCACAUUCGUUUUCUGUGGGAACAGAAGAGGGAUAUGUGUACGGGUUCGACGUAAGAACUGCAACCAAGGAAGGUCCAAACGCAAGCAUCUUUACACUCCAUGCACAUCAGAAAGCUACUUGCGCAGUUUCCUACAACUCGGCUGCUCAGAAUCUACUGGCAACAGCGUCUUUGGAUAAAACGGUGAAAUUGUGGGAUGUGACAAACGAUACGCCCACACUCGUUGCAACAACCAGUCCCGAAGUGGGCGGUAUCUUCUCAGCGUCGUUCUGUAAGGACUCUCCCUUUUUAAUGGCUAUUGGUGGUACUACCGGCGAGCUACAUGUGUGGAAUACGUUAACAGAUUCUAAUGUUGCAAAUCGUUUUACAAGCACAAAUGCAAAUCAGGUGGCCUUUUAGUCUUUGCUCUCACUAUUACUAUUUUGUUCAGUAUUUGCCGACUUUUUGGUACGGACAAGGAAAAGUCGGGCACCCUCUUGUGGUGCUUUCUGACAAGCAAUAAAUGUCGAGAUCAUCUUUGUUC